AUGGAUACCGCCAUGUUCUCCAAGAGGACUCCCCAGAGCCCCUCAGAUGCCUACACUAGAUACCGGGCUACUAAGGCCUCUGCUCCCGGAACCCGUCGAGGGACUCGCAGCAGUCCCAACUCUAACAGUUCGCGACGACUCGAACGUCGGCGCAAACCUGCAACUCCCUCCAAUGCAGCCAGCUCUCCCUCCCCCACCACACCCUCACCCUCGACAUCCCCCAUCGUCAUGCUCCGCGUCGGCCCGUCAACUCGCCUCUUUGCAGCCCACGAAGCCGUGCUGAGUGCCUCGCCGUUCUUCGCAGCCCGCUGCCACCCCCAAACCCCGAGUCCCACGCCCCCAGCCCGGCUCCGGCCGCCUUUGCAACCGCCCGGCAAGCGCAUCGAGCUCCCGGCCGAGCAGCCCGAGGUGCUGUCCUGCGUGCUGGAGUUCCUGUACAAGGGUGACUAUUCACCGCGGCUAAAACACAACGCCCGCCGACAGGCCUGGGAACUCGAAGACACCGGCACAGAUGCCGAGGGACAGAGUAUCGGGGCGACGGUGUUCCACCAGCAGGCUGGAGAGGUUAUCUUGAGAGAUACGGCUAUAUACUGCGCAGCAGAAAAAUACGGCCUCCCAACCCUCCAACGCCUCGCCCUCCGCAAACAGGGCCUGCACACCGGCAUCCAGUGCAGCACCAUCCUCGCCAGCGCGCGCUACGCUUACGCUCACACGCCCGACACCGAGUCCCGGCUGCGCGCGCACUACCUGGCGCUGAUUAUCCGGUGCCGGGAGACGUUCAAGCGCAGUGGGACGAUGCAGAUGGAGAUGGAGCGGGGAGGGAAGCUGAUUUUUGAUUUGUUUGUUGCGAUGUGUAAUCAUAUGGACGACGUGCCUCCUUCGACUAUUUCGGUUUGUAGCUCGGCUGCUACAACGCAUUGA